GCCCAUGUAUAAUGGGCUUUUGGUUUGCUUUGUCUUGUUUUGGUUUGGUUUUGCCAGUCCUUGACCUUGAACUCGGCCUGGGCGCCGUCCCUGAGCUCUUCAGCUCAAGGCUAGCACUCUACCACUUGAGCCACAAUGCCACUUCAUAUAUAUAUAUAAUGUUUUGAGCAGAAAAAUAUGGGGUAAAAUCACACAGGUUCUUUCCUGACUACCUCAUUUGCCUUCUCUCCCAGCCAUGCUUCCAGAAUCUUCUGUUCAUUGUCAGCAGCAAGAAAGAAGGAAAAGAUCCCUGAAGGUGGUGUCAUUUGCUGAUGUGGCUGUGGACUUCAGCUGGGAGGAAUGGCAGGACCUAGACAUUGCUCAGAGGACCCUGUACAGAGAUGUUAUGCUGGAGACCUACAGCAACCUGGUGUCCUUGGGGUACUGUGUUCCUAAACCUAAAUUAAUUGUCAAGCUGGAACGAGAACCAUGGAUAGGAGAGGCCUCAGACAAGAAUUUCACAGUUCUGGGGCUUGAACUCAGGGCCUGA